AUGACUGCAUCAUCACUAAGCUCGUGGCUCCGGCUGCCCAGACCCAAGUCCUUCUUUGGGUUCAUGUCCCUCCAGACGGGCACCGAACUGAUUUCCAUCGCUCUUCUCUUCAACAAAGCCACCGGCAUCUACGGUAUCCUGACGCUAUUCACGGGGUACUCGCUCUCAGCGCUCCAAAUCACAGCUUACCUUGGCUCGAUCUUUGUGCUCCUAACCCUUGCCGUCUGCAUCCCGCACAUCCGCCAACGGAGCCCCCUCCAAAACCUCGCGCUCGCGUGGGUCUACGCCAUCGACACACUUGUCAGCGCCGGCUACACGGCUGCCUUUGCGACAACAUGGUACUUGGCGUCGAUGCAUGACACCAAAGGUCCGGCGGGCGCAGAGGACGAUGUGUCGUCGCCCAGCAAUGGAGACGUGCAGCUGGAUCCGAGCCAGGAGGCGCAGGUCAAGGCCGGGACCACCGUGCACGAUACCGCGGCCAGCAUGGUGCUCAUUGUGGCGCUCACCCUCAUCCGGAUCUACCUUACGCUUGUCAUCACAGCGUACGCGCGCAUGGUGCUGCUGCGUUUUGUGGACGAACAGAUGAGCGAUUCUAAGGAAGUCGCGGAUGUGUCGCCGGAUCCGUUUGCUGUGGGCGCGCCGCUUGGAGAGGGUUGGAGGGGGAGACUUGGACGGGCGAUGGUUUCGAUUGGGAAGGGAUACUGGUUAGGAGGCAAGAAGGAAGAUGAGGAAUGGACACGGCAGGUCAACUCCAAAUUCAGGAGCACGAGGGAUUGA